AUGGACUCUUCAUCAGCAAAAUGGUUAUCUGAAUUGGGAAUGGAUGAAUACAACAUCAUCCACCAAUGUCAUAUGAACUAUUUGCCUGAACUUUCUGCUGCAGAAGAUGUUGCCACUGCUUUGGCAGGAGGGAACCUCAAGCAAUCAUUUUCCUCUGAGAGCUAUUCCUCUUACCCUAAUUUCAACACCAAAAACACAACUUUUAGCGGUUCAUCUAUUGAAACUUCUGAGAGAUCAGCUAGAAAACAGCUCAAAAAUAGCAGUAGUUGGAAGUCUAGCACAACCACUGAACAUGUUCCUCAGAAACCAUCCUCUCCCACCUCUCAAAUUCUUUCUUUCGAGAAAUCAACUUCACUGCCUGCCAAUUCUCAGCAGUUUUAUAAUAUUGACAAUGUUGUGAAGCCUAAAGACGAGACGGUAUGUUCAGGAAAUAUGAAUUUUUCACCUCUGAUCACAAAUGGUCCUUAUGAGAACUCAAAUUAUGCACCAAAAAUCAAUCAAGGGGUCAAGAGGACUUACUCAAUGACUAGAAGCCCUUCACAUGCUCAAGAUCACAUACUGGCUGAGAGAAAGAGAAGAGAAAAGCUAAGCCAGCGUUUCAUAGCUCUCUCAGCAAUUAUUCCUGGCCUGAAGAAGAUGGACAAAGCUUCAGUUCUUGGAGAUGCUAUCAAGUAUGUGAAACAACUUCAAGAACGUUUAAAAGUGUUUGAGGAGCAAACCAAGAAGAGAACAGUGGAAUCUGUAGUUUUUGUGAAGAAAUCUCAGCUAUCAGCUGAUGAUGAAUCCUCUUCAUGUGAAGAAAACUCCGAUGGCCCCUUAUCUGAUGCGGCACUACCAGAAAUUGAAGCUAGAGUCUCAGAUAACGAUGUUCUCAUCCGAAUCCAUUGCGAGAAACAGAAUGGUUUUGUGGCGAAAAUACUAUGCGAAAUAGAAAACCUUCAUCUAUCUGUUGUUAAUAGCAGUGUCUUGCCUUUUGGGAAUUCCACUCUUGACAUGACCAUAAUUGCUCAGAAAGAUGCUGAAUUCAACAUGACAGUGAAGGAUCUUGUUAAGGACUUGAGUGUGGCUUUAUUGAAGUUUAUGUGAAAUCCUAUAAGGCCAACAAGCUUCAUCAGUUUUCUGCAUCAUUAAUUUUUAUUUUUUUUCAAAU